AGAUCAAACAUCAGCCGAAAGUCAGAAGUCCUCUGUCAGUGGAAUGCUGCUCCUGCUACUUGUAUUGCUAGCAGUUCUCUUCCCAGGUGGUGACAAUCAGGAAGCCUCCCAGCAUCCGACCUCAUUCUAUAUCAUCCAAAUCACAUCCUUUGCCAAUAGCACCUGGACACGACAUCGAGGCUCAGGCUGGCUGGAUGAUCUGCAGAUUCAUGGUUGGAACAGUGACACAGGCACCGCCAUAUUCCUGAAGCCCUGGUCUAAGGGCAAUUUCAGUGAUGCAGAGAUAUCUGAUUUGGUGGAGCUAUUUCGGGUCUAUGACUUUUCGUUCACUCGAGAAAUGCAGGCCCAUGUCAGUGAGUUCCAGUUGGAAUACCCCUUUGAGAUCCAGGGCAUAGCAGGCUGUGAGCUGCACUCUGGGGGAGCCAUCCUGAGCUUCUUGAGGGGAGCUUUAGGAGGACGGGAUUUUGUGAGCUUCAGGAAUUCUUCAUGUGUGCCUGCCCCAGAAGGUGGCAGCAGGGCACAGCUAGUAUGCACACUGCUCAGACCAUAUGGAGACAUCUUCCAAAUUGUGGAGAAGCUGCUGUAUGAAACCUGCCCCCGGUAUCUCCUGGGUGUUCUGGAAGCGGGGAAGGCAGAUCUGCAGAGACAAGUGAAGCCCAAGGCCUGGCUGUCCAGUGGUUCCAGUCCUGGACCUGGCCGUCUGCUGCUGGUGUGCCAUGUCUCUGGAUUCUACCCACAGCCCGUGUGGGUGAUGUGGAUGCGGGGUGAGCAGGAGCAGCAGGGCACUCAGAGAGGUGACUUCCUGCCCAACGCUGAUGGGACGUGGUAUCUCAGAGCAACCCUGGAUGUGGCAGCUGGGGAGGCAGCUGGCCUAGCCUGCAGGGUGAAGCACAGCAGCCUAGGAGGGCAGGACCUCGUCCUCUACUGGGGACGCUCCAUAUCCAUCGUUGUGAUCAUUUUGGCAGUUAUAGUGUUCUGUUUGAUCAUUUCAUUGGGUCUUGUAUUAUGGUUUUUUCGGCAUUGGUCUUACCAGGAAAUCUGUCGACCCUCAUCGUGUCUUCUCUCCCAUUUGGAAUAAAGUCCUGAGAAGUCAGAAAUUUCAGAUGUUAGCUCAGCAGUCAAUCUGGUGACAUUUCAUCCAGUAAUCAUUGAUUUUAAACAAAUAAUAGUUCUUGUAGCUUCGAAGAUAAUCACAAUUGAAAAUAAUCAAAAACUGUCUAUUUUAAGAUGGUAUCAGUGGUAGAUUUCAUCAUUUAUUAGG